CUUUUUGUCUGGCUCUACUUCGGAGAUUGAAUUCGAGUCUGCCCACGAGUUUUUUUGAGUUACGCAAUCAGAGAAAAGUUAGCGGAGACGCCAUGAGUAGAGGUCAGUCGUAUUUGAUCAGUCUCUUUAGAAACCGAACUCGACAGAGUCCUAAUACCCAGUUACGGAGUCUAACUCUCGAGCCUCGGGAUAGUGAAUCCAAUCCCAAUGAGCAGAAAUGCGCCGGCGGUGGAACGUAUACGGAGAUGGCCAAAACCGUCUCUACGAUCAUGAGAGAGAGACAGAGAUGGCAACAAACUCUGGUAUCUGAUUUCCCGUCUUUUAAUUUCGCUGAUCCUUUGUUUUUCCGGGAACUGUUGAAAUCUCAGAACAAUGUUCUGUUUUCUCUGUGGUUCUUUCGAUGGUUGUGUUCGAACUACGAUUACACACCUGAUCCUGUUUCUUUAAAUCUUCUCUUUGGUGCCCUUUUGGAUGCAAAAGCCGUGAAAGCUGCUAAAAGUUUUCUCGAUACCACUGGUUUUAACCCUGAGCCCACUUUAUUAGAGCUAUACGUUAAGUUUCUUAGUGAAGAUGGGUUGGUAGAGGAAGCUGUUGAUGUGUAUAAUGUACUCAAAGAGACUGGGAUUAGCCCUACAGUUGUGACCUGCAAUGCUGUUUUAUUAGGUUGCUUGAAAGCGAGGAAACUAAAUCUUUUUUGGGAACUUCACAAGGGAAUGAUGGAAUCUGAGGUUGAUCUUGAGAGGAUCCGGUGUUUGGUUCUGAUAAGAUGCAGGGACUGAAUUGUAAAAGAGAUAGUCACACGUGUGAGGAGAGCUGAAUCUAUUUGGGAUCAUGUGCAACAAAGUUCACACGUGAGAGAUGAGGAAAGUUGCCUAGGAGGCUAAGAAGAACCUAGAAGAUGAUUAAGCUAUAUAAAUAAAGAGGGGAAGCAUCACAAGGGGACAUGAUGAAUGUUGUGAGGGGUUAGCCGACAUGAGGCUGCUUGGGAAGAGAGGAACCCGAGGGAUGUGAGCGAGGGUUGCCGAUCUUAUCUUUCACUUUGUUCUUCAUUUCUAUCUUGUAAUCUGAGAGUUAUUGAACCUUUUAAGUUUGCAUUUACAUGUUAAUGGAGGUUUAAUGGAGUUUCCCUAAGGUUAAGCUUUUGUUCAUGGAGUUUACUAGUUAGAAGCUUAACAAAUGGUGCGGUGAGCGUGGAUCGAACACGCGACCUUCAGAUGGUGCGUUUGUGACUGGGGACACAGCGGAGUGAGAAAUCUGACUUUAAAAAAAAAAAAAAAAAACGGGUUUAAUGUCUGAACGAUUAGACUCCAUGGACGUCGAUACAAAGCUUGAUGCAAUUGAAACGACACCUGUAGGAGUACCUGUCUUCAAUGGAGUAUAUCCCUGUGGUUGGAUUUCAAGAGUUGAGCGUUUCUUCCGGCUUGGUCAAUAUACAGAUGAGGAGAAGCUACGCUUGGUGUCUUUGAAUAUAAAGGGAGAUGCUUUCACCUGGUUCAAGGUUAUGUCUUUCAGAAAUUGGAAUGAUUUUAAGUCGAGACUGUAUGUAUGUUCGAUUCGGAAAUGUCAAGCCACGAUCUCCAUCACUAUCGGUUUCUGCUUCGGAAAUGUGUUUGGAUAAAGAUUUGGUUAAAGCAGAUUCACCUAAGGAGGAGAAUGAUAAGUUUGAGCUUGAUUUGGUUCCACAAGAAGGAUUGUUCUGUAGUGUUGAUUUAAGCUACACUCUUGAUAAUUUCUCAUCUAAAGUUUUGGUGAGAGAUCAAGUGCAGCCCAAAUCUGGCAUUGUUGUUGAGGAAUCACCCUCUGCUUUUGACAAUAGUCUGAUGUUUGACCAUCAAGAGACACAAAAACAUGUUUUAGAUGUCUCAGCAGUGGCUGAGUGUUAUGAGAAAUUCAGAGGUUUCAGGAUCCUUCAUGUUGCACUUCAAGUAUUCGACUUAAUGCUUCACAGAAAAUACAAUUUACAGAAACAUAGGAAGCAUGUCAAGGGCUUAAAGUCUUGGAAAUUCAAGUAUAAAAACAGCGAUGGGAUAAGAGACUGGAUACAAGAGCAGUUAAUGAUUGGUACAAGAAGAGUUAUUGCAACGCUACAUUAUUGGAGGAAGCACAAGACUGAGCUGUUGCAGGAAGUUGCAGAACUUAUAUUUUUGCAUUUGGUAUGUCCUCAGACUAUCCAGGGGUUUGGCUUAUUGCGGAGGGCAACUGAAACAAACUUUAUUAGAAUUCAACAAAGCAUGCAACACACAUUUAAUCAGUUUCGAGAAGAUUUAGCAGAGGAGUUACAAACUGUGGCAAAGAGAGUUUGCCAGCAUUUUCAUGUCAUCUUCAAGCACAUGUUUGUGCAGAGUAAUAAGUCUUCAUUGGCUCCUUCUCGGUUUUUGAUUGAAACGCUUAAUGAUGCUCCAAUACAAGCUGGGACAGAGACUAAUGCAGGUUUCUCAUCUAGUGUCGGAGUGACAAUUUGGAGGGUUCAUCAAGGAGAGGUGCAAGGGAAGGUUCUCUUUGUCAAAAUUACCGUGAGGGAGAUUGGAGUCAAUCAUAGAAGAUACAUAAUGCAGUUUCAGAGCUUUGUUUGGUGGGAAUUUAGAAAAGCUCUCUUUUCUCUGUGGCAUCGAUGGCGACGCAAGGGCAGCCACAAUGAUGUAUUUGGCAAAGUUACACGUUUUUGCAGGUUUAGAAGAGUUUAUGAACAUAAUUUGCAGGUUGUUGCAUCAAGAGCUUCUUAUCCGGUGAAGUUGCUGGCAGAGGCGACACCAUUUCACAAUCAACAACUUCUGAUACAGUUUCUCAUGUCUCAGAGUUUGGAAGUGUAUUCAGUAUGCCCCUUUCCCAAAUGGAGAACUAAACACAUAUACACAAGCAGUCUUCCAUUCAGCCAAUUUAUCUUUCAAGCAGAGGGUUUUGUGUUUGAGUCAAAGGAGAUGAAGAAAAACCAAUUCCCAAGUCUACAAUUUCUGAAGCAGCUCAAUAUAUCUUUGUCUGCAUUUUGUGACGUUUACACAUCAGUUGGUCAAGUUUAUUAUAGGUUGCCGCUGCUAACCACCACAUCUGGUAGAGUUGCUUGGUGUAGUUUCGUCCUUAUUGAACCUGGAACAAUGCAACAACAAUUGUUCUGCAUAUAAGCUUGGGGACAAGCUUCAUUUCGGAGGGAGGGGUAUUGAUAAGAUGCAGGGACUGAAUUGUAAAAGAGAUAGUCACACGUGUGAGGAGAGCUGAAUCUAUUUGGGAUCAUGUGCAACAAAGUUCACACGUGAGAGAUGAGGAAAGUUGCCUAGGAGGCUAAGAAGAACCUAGAAGAUGAUUAAGCUAUAUAAAUAAAGAGGGGAAGCAUCACAAGGGGACAUGAUGAAUGUUGUGAGGGGUUAGCCGACAUGAGGCUGCUUGGGAAGAGAGGAACCCGAGGGAUGUGAGCGAGGGUUGCCGAUCUUAUCUUUCACUUUGUUCUUCAUUUCUAUCUUGUAAUCUGAGAGUUAUUGAACCUUUUAAGUUUGCAUUUACAUGUUAAUGGAGGUUUAAUGGAGUUUCCCUAA